UGUAGUUUGAAGCUGCACUUCCUAGUAAUGGCUGCCUGCUGUAAGGGUUUAGGUUUACACCAUGAGAUGGCCAGCAAAGGCGAAGUGAAGCAGAAGAUCAGUAAAGAGGAGAAGAAGCUCAUGAAAAAACAAGCAAAAGUUAAGCAUAUAUUGUUAAAACAUGAAGGAGUGGAAACUGUUUCACAUCCAUCAAAGAGUCUAGUGAUUGCCAAUGGAGGACUUGGCAAUGGAGUAGGCAGACAUCAGCUGCUCACUGUGCUGGAACAAUGUGGAAAAGUGGAGUCUCUAGUAAUGCCCCCAAACAAACCCUAUUCCUUUGUCACGUACACUUCUACGGACGAGGCUGUGAAUGCAUACAGUUCACUGAGCGGUCAUGAAAUCUCAUCCAAUGAGUGGGAACAGAAAAUAACUCUGUACUUCAGCUUUGUCGACAAAGUUGAAUUGAAAGAGGUUUUACCCCCCGCACUACCUCCAGGCUUGGUAAUUGUAGACGAAUUUGUGACAGCUGAAGAAGAACUUGCAAUGUUAGAAGGAGUUGAUUGGAUGUCUGAUAUUGCUAAUAAGAAGUCUUUAAAACAUAGGCGAGUGAAGCAUUAUGGCUAUGAGUUCCGAUAUGACAACAACAACGUGGACAAAGACCAGCCCUUGCCUGGAGGUCUUCCCGGCUUCUGCACAUCUGUAGUGGAGAGAUGUUUGCAACAAGGACUAAUAAAACACAAGCCUGAUCAGUUGACUGUUAAUCAGUAUGAACCAGGCCAAGGAAUCCCGCCACAUAUUGAUACACAUUCUGCUUUUGAAGAUGAAAUAAUCUCAAUCAGUUUGGGAUCAGAGAUUGUGAUGGAGUUUAAGCACCCUAAUGACAGUAAUGUUCAGGUGAUGCUCCCACAGAGAAGCUUGCUGGUCAUGAGUGGGGAAUCUAGGUAUCUGUGGACACAUGGCAUCACUCCAAGAAAGUUUGACGUAGUUCAGGAUUCGGAGGGGAAGAAAGUCAAAACAAUCAGUGGAAACAUUGAAGAGUUAACCCUAAAAAAGAGAGGAACAAGGACAUCCUUCACAUUCAGGAAAGUGAGGCGAAACGCGUGUGAUUGCGCCUUUCCAUCAGUGUGUGAUAGUCAACAAACACAGGAAAAAGAAUCGGCCCCUCAAAUCAGUGUCUUGGGAGUGGAAGCCUUGGAAAAAGAAUAUGUACACAAGGUCUAUGAAGAUAUUGCUGGUCAUUUUAGCAGCACAAGACACACCCCUUGGCCCAAAGUGGUGGACUUCCUCGUGACGUUACCUGAUGGAGCUAUUGUGGCCGACAUAGGCUGUGGUAAUGGAAAGUACCUUGGCGUCAAUAAGAAUUUGUACAUGAUUGGUUGUGAUCGUAGUAAAAACCUUGUGAAUAUUUGUGGCGAGAAGAAAUUUGAAGCCUCUGUCUGUGACGCUUUGGAUGUACCUUUCCGGACUGGCUCAUUUGAUGCAUGUCUUUCAAUAGCAGUAAUCCACCAUUUUGCCACAGAAGAAAGAAGGUUGCGUGCAUUAAUGGAGCUAACACGUCUCCUUCGAUCAGGAGGAAAGGCCCUUAUUUACGUCUGGGCAAUGGAACAAGAAUACAACGAAAAGAAGUCCAAGUAUUUGAAGGAAAAUAAAAAUAAUAAAGAACAAAAAACUCUUAACAUCCAGGAUGGAGGACUAAAGCCGGACACCAACACCGCGUUGCCGGUUCACACUAACCGAACGACAUUUGAGUCUCGGGAUUUACUGGUUCCUUGGCACCUUAAACCUUCAAAUCGUCCUAAUGGCACAAAACAGUCUAAUGAGGAAGAACAAGGGCCUCGAUCUGUCUAUCACCGCUACUAUCAUGUAUUCCACGACGGUGAACUGGAAGGAUUAUGCCGCAAAUUAGAGAAUAUUACGAUUUUGCAAUCUUAUUACGACCAGGGAAACUGGUGUGUGAUCUUGGAAAAAUCUUGAAACAUCAGGAUAUUUCUUCUCACAUUUUGGACGCAUCAAUCCUGUGAAUAUUUUAAUAU